CUUUUGAUUCUACGGCGUGAUUAUUUAGUUGUUUGAUAUUUACAGAUUCUUUUAAUCAAGUAAAAAUGGAUGGCAGUAAUUUGGGGGCGGCAGCCCAAGGACAGGCUCAGAUUCCUGGCCAGGUUAUGGGCGGCGUUGCGGCGGCGGCUGCGGGAACAGAAGGCAGUGAUUGGAGGAAUCAUCUAUCAGCGACUUCUAGACAGAAGAUUGUAAACAAGAUAAUGGAGCAUCUCAAGAUGUAUCUUCCUUUCUCUGGAGAACUAGACGAACUUAAACGACUAGCUGUUAAUUUUGAGGAGAAGAUGUACACGAAAGCAACAAGUCAGUCGAAUUACUUGAUGAUGAUAAGUGUGAAAAUGCUGACAAUGGAUGCAAAAUCCCGGGAUUCUUCGGCAAAUUCUCGUCAGUCGUCUAAUGCUGCAAGAAAUAGCGAAAACCCCCAAGAACCAGCAUCUCAAAGCGUGCAAAUCCAAAUGCAAAAUCGCGUUCAGCAACUACAGGCUCCAAUGGUUUCGGAUGAAUCUCAAAUGCAGACUCGUCGCGGAUAUGAGGCGGAUAUAGCCCAGUUGCUACAAGAUCUACUCCUGAAGGACUCCGAAGUGUAACGUGUUUUCGU